AUGCAGACGAAAAUAACUACGAUAGCUCUAUUCGCAGUGUUGUUUGCCUACGCCGUAGCCGAUGGAGAUAGGAGACAGAAGGACUCUGACGGCUAUUCGGAAACUAGAGGCAAUUUUGCAGACAAAAGUAGUGAAGGCGACGUAAGUGUCGAAGAUGAGAGCGGUGGAUGCGACCGAAGUAUUGAUGACCGCAUCAGUCCUGAGGUCUUAGAAAGAGAGGACCAAUAUGGAAAAGGGAGACAUAAGGUCGGAUACUCAUCUGCUAGAGCAUCCGCCGCCGCUUCCGCCGACGCCUCCGCUUCAGCUUAUGAACAUAACCCAUCGGACAGAAUUUUCAUU